UGUCACCGAUUUUGCUCGUUGUAUUUUUCAUCUAUUCUAUGCAAUGUUUGCUGACUUUCAAGUAAACAGAUUUCCUAAUUUAAGUGUUUUCUAAAAGUUUACGGUUAUCAUGUAAGAGUGAUUUUCAAAUUCAAAACCCCAAACAACCGAAUGCAGCAAAAUUAUGGUGGAAAAAUAAACGAACUACAAAUAAAUUCUCACUGUAAAAAGCGGCGUUAGUUUCGCGGCGUCUAGUAUUUCUGUGACAUCUCAUGUUAUAAACAAAAGGCUGCGAAGACAUGGACCAAUAUCCGUACAGCAUACCGUCGUCAUUUCCACCAUAUCCAGAGGAUGUUGCAAAUAAAAACGGCGACAAAUCGCAGUUACAGACUCACAACCCGUACUACAUGAAUACCAGUUCUACCGAGGCAGUAUUUGGAUUCGUUCCUCCAGGUCCGCAACCGCCAGCUGUUCAACCCCAGCCAGCCGUUCUCCCUGUAGUGCAACCGAACGGGCUAAUAUCAAGUCUUCAAACCGAUGUCGAUGCGGCCGGUUAUGGUUUGUACCCGGAUCAAGAUUACACGGACCAAACGCAUUCAGUUCCUCCUGCAUUGCCACUGGACGCAACCGUUCCUGAAGUAGCAACCACGAUUGGAUUGGAGAAUGCUUACAAUCAGCAGGAUUACAUUCGGGAAGCGAUUUCUGGUGAUGCUUCGGUUCCAGUUAGUUAUCCGGCAAUACCGGUGCCGUUUGAACCGCCUCCACCCAGUGUAACGCAAAUUAAUCAAGUUCAACCGCUGGAAUCGGAACCAUUCGUGGAUAGCGGAACGAGUGUAUCAUUGUCAGACGGUACUGUAGACGACUUAGGGUUGGAAGAUGUGCAAGCCUCCGGGAAGGAAUUUACAGCUCCCAGUCCAAUUGAACCGGUCCCAGUCGAGCCUGCAGAUGCAGUACCCACAGAUGUGCCAUGGACAAGUCAAACUGUUUCACCUUCCUAUCCGAUUGAGGCGGACACUCCCGCGAUACCAGAAUCUGAUUCGAUAAUUGCUGCUGAUGUGCAGUGUGAAGGCGCUACCCAGGCUUUUCAACCAGCAAGUUUAACGGAAAACGAAGCCUCUGAAACAAUCGAACCAGCUGCAGAAGCACCCCAACCGGAAUCUUCACUUUUGGAGACGAAUUGUCUUCCGAUUACUGAACCAACACCUCUUGAAGGAGAAAGCAUCGCAACUGAAACUCAAUCGGAAGUUGUUCCUUCCUCGCCAUCCACCGGUACUAAGCCUGAUGAGCCUCCCCAGGAUUCGGUAGGUUCAUGCACCAAGAAAAAACGACGGCGAAUAGUGCAAUUGAAUGAUGAUGACGACAGUGACGAUGAAGAUGGAUGCGAUCGAUUGGAACUGUUGCGAUCACCAGAACCACCGGCCACUGAGGAAGAACCGAUCAACUCCUGUGAACCUUCGGUAGUAGACGAAAAGCCAAACGAAGAUGCCGAGGGUAACGGUGCUAGUGAGAAAGAAGACGAAGACCGACCGGACUCGGCAGCUUCCGGUGAAAAAAAUCUUGCGAAAUCUCUUCUCCAAAAUGUGGUGCUAAUUCCGGCUGGUGAUUCCGAGGCCCACAAACGAAAGAAGAUCCGGGUGCUGGAAAGUGACGACGAAGAAGACGAACAGCAGAAUAGUGUCGAUGAUAUUGGGCUGUUGGGUGAAGGAGCCGAAGAUGAACUAAAUCCGGCCGGCUUGUUGAUGGACGAGAAUGCCGAGGAUGGAGAUUACGGUGCGAUGGAAGGCAUUGAAAUGGACAAGAUGGAACAGAUAGUGACGAUGGAUGCACCGAUUAUCGAUCCCAGUCGAAUGAUUGACGAAGAUGAUGAUGAUGAUGAAGAUGAAGAAAACGAUGCAGCUAGUGAACGGGAAGAAAGUGACCGAGAGCCGGAUGCCGACGAACAAAGCGAUGAGGCAAGUCAGGAGGAAGAAGAAGAUCUGGGUGAAGAGGAAGAAAUUGUCGAAGAAGGGGUCGAAAUGAUAACGGCAGAGGAUGAUGCUGGGGAGGCGAUCGGAAUUGCCACGGAUGAUGAGAAGGAGCUUGAAGAGGAGGUUGCGUCAGAUAAGGGGGGUUCUGACGAGGAUGGUGAUCGGGGGAGCGAUCAGGAAGAGCAAGCUUCGGCUCGAUCAGACGAAGAAUCCGAACAGGAACGGGAGCAAAGCGAAUCCUCGAAAGAAGAUGAAAAUCAGAACGACAACGACCAAAGCGAAUCCCGAUCCGUGGCUUCUCCUGUGGAUCAGCAGAAGGAUAAACAGACCAAGCACGGCGAGGGCGGUACCAAAUCCGGUAGUGAUGAUGAUGUCGUUUGUCAGAACGAUUUGGAACUGAACACGAUCUCACUGUUGACGGACGAGGAAGACGACAACAUGCCACCGUUGCCUCCACCGAAAAAGGAACUUCCUGUUGUGCGGAUAGUAAACAUUAAAAAGGAACUGCUGGAUACUCGUGUCAUCAAACGCGAGGGACAACCCAAACAUCACACUUCAUCAUCCUAUCUGAAGCAACAUCAUCAGCAAGUGCAGAAAAAACACGAAAAGAAGCAUAAGCGAAAGGAACGGGUGUUCGACAAUAAUGACCCAUUCGGUGCGUGGUCCAGUUCAAGCAGCGAAGACGAGUUCAUUCCAAACGAUAUCUACUUUGGCACGCCGGAUCGCGUGUUCACCGCCAACACCAAGAUACGCUGCCAGCGGCAAAAGGACAUCAAUGAGCGGUACGCGAAAUACGGUGGAAAAUCCGGCGGCAAACGACGCUUCUCGGACGAUUCGGAUGCGGAAGAACGGCGAAAACGCAAACAGAAGUUGGAGCAAAUAUCCCGCCUGAAUCUACCGGCCUACCAACAGGCACAGCUCCAGAGUUUGGUCAAGAAGAAAAACAAGAGAAAACAGGACAGGUUCUACGACAAAUCGCAGGACAUUCCCAACGAUAUCUACUUCGGCAAUGUGAACGUACCGCUGCACGUUUUGUACGCUUUCGGUAGCAGUUCUUCGGACGAUGAACGCAUGGACCGCCAUAAGCCGACGACAUCGUGGAAACCUCCACCGACGGCAAGUUCUGGCAAGCAUAACAAAUACCAACCGACGAAUCGAUCCUACAAGAGCUCGUCGUCCUCCACUUACAGCCACGGUAAAUCAACCGUUAGUCCGAGCAACGAUCGGUCCGUACAAGCCAUGAAGGAGUAUCUGAAAAUUGCCGGAUUUAAAAAUGUCAAAUUUCACAAACUGUGGGAAGGUUGCAAAUCUAACCAGGAACGAGCGAACGCCAUUCUACGCCUGAUGCAGGAGAAGGGCCUGGAGGGCGAACCAACCAUCGCCAAGUGUCGCGAACUGCGAAAGCAGCUACAGAUGGAACGCGAGGCCAAAGUGCUGGACACGAGUUUGAUCAUUGCCUCCGGUGAAGGUCGCAUAACGCGGAGAAGUGCUAGAAAUCCGCAAAACCAAGCCCCGACAGAUUCGACCGACCCGAACGCUCCCUCUACGUCGGGACUGUCACAGGUCGUUCCACCGGAAAGUCUGGAAACGCUGAACCGUAUCCGGAGUGUGAUCGACCCGGAUUCGGAUGGGGAAUAGAGUUGAUUGUAAAUAGUUUAUCUUAAAAGUUUACAGAGGUGGCCAUAAAAAUAUAUAUUUUGAUCGUAGAUUCAAUGCACAUGGUGACAGUUCCAUCUGUUAGGUGGAAUAGCGGUUUACUGGUUGAAGAUGCAUUCGAAAUAUCACUAUAUUUUAUUUGAUAAGACAAAAAACAAAACAAUUAUAGUCCAUAUUUUCUGUAAGAAAAUGUUUCCCCGCAAUUUUUCAUUAAGGGUCAUAAAGUUUUUUAUACAAGCCAUCCUCAUAGUGCAGGACCGAUGUUUUAUUUCUAUUUUAUGCAAAUACUAACCAUCAGCGUACCUGUACGCGAAAAAAAUAUGUAAAGUGGAACACAAUUAAUGAGGAAAUGUGUGUGGAUGCUUGGAUCCAUUCAAAAUCAAAAGUCACUCUUACUAGAUUAACAAUCACAAGUCAGAUAUGAUGAAUUUCAGUUUUGUACAAUAGCGAAAUAAGAUUAUCAGAUUAUAAAAUGAUUAAUAAACUAAGGCUUUUCAAGUAU